AUGUCAACCGGCGGUCUAGCACUACUGCUCCAUCCCGACAACCAGCCCAACAGGUUUUCUGGUCUCCUCGCCAUCGGAAGAGGCAUCUAUGUCUUCGAGGUCUUUCUUUUUGUAGCAGUAGCAUGCGCCAUCAGCGUUCGUUUCGCACGGUGCCCACGAUUACUCAGGGAAAGCUUGACCCACCCGUCCGAGAGCCUCUUCUUCGCAACCUCGUUCCUCUCCCUAGCCAGCAUCAUCGGCGGUAUGCAUCUCUAUGGCGUGCCCGUUUGCGGCACCUGGCUUCUCAUCGCUUACCGUAUUGUAUUCUGGCUCUACUUUACAGCUACCUUUGUCGUGGCGAUCGGGAGCUACUACCUCCUCUUCUCCUCACCAGCGCUCAAGAUCCAAGACAUGACGCCCGCCUGGGAUCUACCCAUCUUCCCUUUCAUGCUUUCCGGUACGCUGGCUGCGAUCGGCGCUGGACAUCAACCGGCAAUGCACGCAGUUGCCAUGAUUGUCGCUGGACUUACAGCGCAAGGACUGGGUAUGACUGUCAGUCUUAUCAUGUAUGUCAUGUACGUUCAUCGAAUGAUUGAAUGGGGCUUUCCUAGUUCGAAGAGCAGACCGGCUAUGUUCAUCGCUGUUGGACCGCCGGCCUUUACUUCGUUGGCAAUUAUUGGCAUGGCUAGAGCGUGGCCGGUCACUGCGACCUUUUUCGGUACAGAUGGACAAGCGACGGCUCAUAUGCUGGAGAUGGUGGCUACGAUGGUGGCAGUGUUUAUCUGGAGUUUGGCACUCUGGUUCUUCUGCAUUGCGGUGUUGAGCAUACUUGCUGUGGCUAAGGAAAUGACGUUUCAUCUUAACUGGUGGGCGUUUGUGUUUCCUAAUGUUGGCUUUACGCUUGCGACGAUCAAGAUUGGAGUCAUGUUUGGGAGCAUGGCUGUGGGUUGGGUAGGCAGCGUCAUGACCAUCUCCUUGGUCGCUACGUAUAUGUUCGUGUUUGCAAUGUGUGCAAGGGCACUACUCAAGCAAGAAAUAUUGAGUCAAGGGAAGGACGAAGACACAUACUUUGGUGAGGAGAAGCCAAAGGUUAGACGGAAAGAGGAGAUCGCGGUAAAAGCUCAAGAGAAGCAUGUAUAA